AUGGCAAAGACCUACAGCAAUCUCGACCUCGUCAACAACUGCGAUGCCUUCCCUUACGAGAAGACCCAGCCGGAGCAGUACGCGGCCUACAUGAAGGACGUGCUGCUGGUUGAGUGGUCCGACAGUGCCGACGCAUCCGACACCUCCGCCGUGUAUCCCAUAGGCUACAUGCGGCGGGCCGUCUUUGACGCUCUCGUUGCGAUUUCGCCCGCAGAACGCCAGAAGCUUGGCCUCGACCCGGAUGUCGACCUGCAAGCGGCGGCCAGUGCGUCCGGCACCGUUCCGCUGCACCGGCUGCUGCGCCUGCAGACGACCGAGCCUGCGCGGACCGUCGCUCUCGACAAGCUGAACCAGUACUGGCGCGCCGCCGACGCCUUCAAGUUUCUCCGCGGCUGGCGCGACGAGCCGUGGCCCGUGUACGGCCGUACGGGCGAGCUGUUGUUCAGCGUCGAGCGUGCGGCUGCGGGCCUGCUGGGCGUCGUGCGCUACGGUGUGCACCUGUCAGCGUACGUGGUGGACCCGACAACCAAGGCGAUCAAGAUCUGGGUGCCCCGCCGCGCCGCCAACAAGUCGACGUACCCGAGCAUGCUCGACAACACGGUGGCGGGGGGGUUGAUGACGGGCGAGGACCCCUUUGAGUGCGUGGUGCGCGAGGCCGACGAGGAGGCGUCGCUGCCCGAGGCUGUGGUGCGGGCCGCCGCGCGGCCCAUUGGCAUCAUCACUUAUGUGUACAUUACAGACGAGCGGGCCGGCGGCGAGGCGGGCUACAUCUAUCCCGAGUGCGAGUGGGUGUACGACCUGCCGCUGCCGGCGACGACAAUCCCGCAGCCCAAGGACGGCGAGGUCGAGUCGUUUAUGCUGUGCACGGUGGACGAGGUGCGGGCCCAACUCGCCCAGGGCCUGUACAAGCCCAACUGCGCUGUGGUGCUACUGGAUUUCAUGGUGCGGCACGGCCUGCUGACGCGGGACAACGAGCCCGACUACGACGCGAUUGUGAGCCGGCUGCAUCGCGUGCUGCCCUUCCCGGGACCCCACCACAAGGAGACCAAGACCACGUAG